UUCCACAUGUUGGCAUGUUUGUCUCGUUUAGGUGAUGCUUCGACGAAUUUACUACGGAGAUUCGCGCUCGUGCGUAAUUUUGCAGCCCAUGCCCAUCACGUGUUCGACGAAUUGCUGCAACGAGACCUCUCAUCGCUCAACUCUCAACUCUCGUCUUACCUCCGCGGAGGAGACCCAAAUGGCACCUUGGGUCUCUUCGUUAAGAUGCAUCGAGCCAGCCCUGUUCUCACCUCCUUCACUCCUGUUCUCGGCGCAUGUGCCCUCUUGUCCUAUCAAACAGGACGCCAAGUUCACGCCUUGAUGAUCAAACAAGGCGCUGAGACAGGAACCAUAUCCAAAACUGCGCUUAUCGACAUGUACUCAAAGCACGGGAACUUGGUCGACUCCAUUACGGUGUUCGAUAGCGUUGAGGAUAGAGACGUAGUAUCGUGGAACGCUCUGCUUUCGGGUUUCCUUCGAAACGGUAAAGGUAAAGAAGCUCUCGGCGUUUUCGCAGCUAUGUGUAGAGACAAAGUCUCGAUCAGUGAGUUCACUUUGUCUUCUGUUGUUAAAACAUGCGCCUCUCUCAAGAUUCUGCAGCAAGGGAAGCAGGUUCAUGCCAUGGUGGUGGUGACUGGACGCGAUCUCGUUGUCCUAGGAAUUUCGAUUAUUAGUUUCUACUCUAGCGUAGGUUUGAUGAGUGAAGCCAUGAAGGUUUAUUUCGGUUUGAAUGUUCGUACGGACGAGGUGAUGUUGAACUCUUUGAUAUCAGGUUGCAUACGGAACCGAAACUACAAGGACGCGUUGUUGCUUAUGAGCAGGCAGAGACCGAACGUGAGAGUGCUCGUUAGCUCUCUCGCUAGCUGCUCUGAUAACUCUGAUCUGUGGAUUGGUAAACAGAUACACUGCGUCGCAUUGCGUUACGGCUUCCUUUUGGAUUCGAAGCUGUGCAAUGGCUUGAUGGAUAUGUACGGCAAAUGUGGUCAGAUUGUGCAAGCGCGUGCCGUGUUCAGAGCUAUUACGUCGAAAACUGUGGUUUCUUGGACGAGUAUGAUAGAUGCGUAUGGGGUUAACGGGGAUGGCGUCAGAGCGCUUGAAACCUUCAGGGAAAUGUGUGAAGAAGGAAGCGGAGUUUUGCCCAAUUCAGUGACGUUCCUCGUUGUUUUAUCGGCGUGUGCGCACGCAGGGUUGGUUGAGGAAGGUAAGGAAUGUUUUGGUAUGAUGAAGGAGAAGUAUGGGCUGUUACCAGGAACAGAGCAUUACGUAUGUUUCAUUGAUAUCUUAAGCAAGGCUGGUGAUACAGAGGAGAUAUGGAGAUUAGUUGAGAGCAUGAACGAUGGUAAAGGAAACGUUCCUUGUGCUAUAUGGGUCGCGGUACUUAGUGCUUGUAGUCUUAAUAUGGAUGUAACGCGAGGCGAGUAUGCAGCAAGAAGGCUUAUGGAGGAGAAGGGUCAUGAUGGGAAUGCGAGUAUCUAUGUGUUGGUUUCUAAUUUCUACGCGGCGAUUGGGAAGUGGGAUAUGGUUGAAGAAAUGAGGGGAAGGUUGAAGAAGAAAGGUUUGGUUAAAGCAGCAGGUCACAGUUCAUUCAUGUGAAUCAUUUUUUUUUGUUUUUAUUACACUUUAUU